AUGUUCUCACGCAUCGCACAAUCUUUCAAAAAAGAGACGGCACCUCCCACCAGCAAGAUCCAUCGCUCUACCAGAAACAUGAGCAGCAAGCCUAGUACGACGACAAUGUUCCGCGGCCUACCCGUCAUCCCGGACGAAACCUACACCACAAACACUCCACGCAAAAUCUCCAAAUCUUUCCUCGCCGCCGAAGUAGAAGAAGGUGUCGGAAUGCGCGUACGCCGCGGAAUCGGCCUAGCCAGAUUACCUCACCUGAGCCCUUUUAUCAUGCUAGAUCACUUCAACAGUACUUUUGGAAACGACAUGGAUGCCAGUGCACCCGACCAUCCCCAUCGCGGCCAAGAAACAAUCUCCUACAUCAUUUCCGGCGGCGUCGACCACGAAGACUUCGCGGGUAACAGAGGCACGCUCGAGGCUGGAGACUUGCAAUUCAUGACUGCGGGGAGGGGCAUCAUGCACAGCGAAAUACCCAUCCACAACGGAAACGGAGAACCCAAUGUUGGAAUGCAGUUGUGGGUUGAUUUGCCUAAAGAAUUAAAGUACUGCGAGCCGAGGUAUCGAGAUCUCAAGGCCAAGGAGAUUCCUGAAGCGGUGGAAGAUGGCGGGAGAGUCCAUGUAAAAGUUAUAAGUGGCCUAGCAUUCGGUGUCGAAAGCAAAAAGGAACUCUCCUACACACCAGUUUGGUACCUGCACUUCACCGUGCAACCAGGCGGUUCCCUGCACCAGUCCUUACCGCGGACUUGGAACGCCUUUGCCUAUGUUCUCGAGGGCGCUAUCCAAGUCUCCAACGGCAGCGACGCCGAAGCUCCGUCGCGAUCAAUCGGACAGUUCCACAUGGCCGUCUUUGAACAAGAGGGGGACAGCGUAUCCAUUAGCGUCAGCGCGGAUGCAAAAGAGGCUGCAAACUUCAUCCUGGUUGCGGGGCUGCCACUGGACCAGCCAAUUGUUCAGUACGGCCCGUUUGUGGUUACGAGUAGGGAGGAGGUGCAGCAGGCGGUGAGUGAUUUCCGGAGGGGCGAGAAUGGGUUUGAGAGGGCGGUGGGUUGGGUGAGCGAGAAUAGUAAGUCGAGGAGGAAUUCGGUCGUGGUGUGA